GUUGAUAAUACUCUCUUCCAUUUUUUUGGUCGCGAGCACAGUAGCCAGGAAUCUGACGAGCAGCAGCCGGAGGCUGAAUCCUCUCGUCGAAAUUCUCGCGUCUCUUAUAACAAAGCGUACGUUUCUAAUAUCUCCGGUGCUUGCGUUCAUUGCAAGUCGUUGAAGGUUCGAUGUGAAUUCAACUCAGGCGAAACAGCCUGUCAAAGGUGCCAAGCUGGGAACUAUGAGUGCGUCCCUCGAACGCGUAAGAAACGGAAACCUGCCCCCACCCACGAGGAUCUGCAGGCGAGAGCAGUCAGCCAAGAUCACCAAAUUCAGGCCUUGCUUCUGCAGUUCGACAAACUCAAGGCUGACAAUAGAAUCCGGGAUCGGAUGUCUCGGGCGCAUGUGGAUUACCUCGCAGCAAACCGCACGUCUGACCUCAGCAUCGUCGAAGAAGGAUAUUUAAUCUCUAAAACACCUUUCACCGAAGUACACGGACAGAAACACGAGAUAGCUCACUCAGCACCUCCCGAUAUCGUCAAGUACUGCUGCCUUACACCGGAUGAUAUUCGGACGCUGUUUAAUCUCUAUUUCGAGAGAAUUAAUCCCUUUUUCUCCAUUCUCGACCCAGAGCUUCAUACUCCCGAGUCGCUGAUAUGGACUAGCCCAUUUCUUUUCACCGUUAUUUGUGCUACCGCUUCUCGUUAUCACCACUUACAACCAGAGUUAUAUUACCUAGCUCAAGAUUUUGCGCGCGACGCAGCCGGAAAGUCUUUGGUAGAUGGCACUAAGAGUGUCGAUAUAUGUCAAGCCUACCUCAUAAUGGCCGUUUAUGCUGCUCCUAGGAAGAAGUGGGAAGAAGAUCGCCGAUGGCUGUUGAUGGGUGUAGCCAUACGCAUGGCCUUAGAAUUAGGGCUUAAUAAACCUCCACCGCCACGGUGUAGUGAGCGCGAGUCUAUGAACAGGACCAGAACAUGGCUUAAUUGCUUCUGCGCUGACGGUUCACAUUCCAUACAGUUCGGGAAAAUUCCAAUGAUUAGUUUAGACGAUCAUAUGGCCGUGCACUCUGAGGGCUGGUACAAGGCUUCACGCGGAAAUUUACCUUUCGAUGUUCACCUUUGCGCUUACGUGCAAAUAAUUGUGAUCAUGGCUCAAUGGCGUAAACGCAUUGGCGAAGGAAAUCUACGACAACGGAUCCGCGAUGGCUUCGAUAUUGUUGCAGCCGCCAUAGAGACAGAAGAAAGUCUUGAGCAAGAAUUACGUCGCUGGGUUAGUCGCUACGACGAGGAGUACAGUUAUAAUCCCCUCCAGAUAUGCGCCUAUCGUGGGAGCACUACCCAUAUGAUUACCGCGUACCUGAGAUUAGUGGUCUUAGCUGUUGGUUUUCAGCAUGCUGCAAAAUCUGGACUCUCUCGAGACUCAGAGGUGCUAACACGGUCCAUUGAUGCUGCACGAUCUGUCAUUCAGAUAACGGUGGAACGACUUUAUCCUACCGGACAUCUGCGCUAUGCGAUGGAAGCGAACUUCGUUUAUGUUUCUUUUGCAGCAGCUUACCUGGUUAAUCUUCUAAGAGCCAAGUUUUUGCCGCUCCUCUCGCAAGAAGUUCAAGAAGAAAUUAUAUACAGCGUCAAUAAACUCAUCAGAGUUUUGGCGUCUGAUAAAGUGGCCCUGGACGGCCGUCAUACUCCUGCUUUAUAUUCCCGGUUCUUAGCCAACUUAAUGGCAAAAAACAUCCCCCACCUUCGCACCCCAGCCUACCCCGAAUCUGAUCAUAAUUUAGAAUUAUCGUAUGGCGGUGGGGAUUUUCAAGUCCUGCCGCAGAAUGAAUUUUCUUGGCCCGAUACCCGGUAUUCAGAGUCUCCUCCGGGCGCUAAUACAGAGUCGGGGGACACCGUAUCUCAUCGUACCCGCGAAACGGAUAUGGAUUUUAGUUUGGGCAAUUUUGGUAUGGCCAAUCGACUUUCAUCAUACGCAAUUGAUGCUGAUCUACAGUUCCCAAUGUCAGUGAGGGCAGUAUCUCAAGAUGUUCCUAUAACGACAUAUGACACAGAAAGUUGGCAGACUUCCUGGGGUGGGUCAAGCUGGGCGACGCAAGAAACUGCGCUUUACAAUAACUGGUCUCAGUUUAGUAGCCCGGGCUGGAGACAUUGAUUGUUUCCGGCGUAAUUUCACAUCGUUAUAUUUCUCCGUUGUGUGUGUGCACUUAGCACUGUAUAUUACUGUUGCAGGUCUGCU